AUGGCCAUCAAGCCUCAGACUGCAGCAAUCUUGAACGUAGUAGCCAAAAACGGGAUUAUCGUAACAUUGUCUUCUUUUGCUUCUCUUCGCUUCAUUGCAUUCGGCAUGCCGGAGGGCAAAGCACCACAUUUUCCGCAGCAACCUGUGGCUCGUCAAAAUGACGAUGGCUCCCUCGAGCUUGAAUGCUUUCUUGACGCGUCUCCUCAACCAGAUAUCAAGUGGUUUUACGACAAUAAGGAAGUGAAGCCGGACUCCCGCUUUCAGUUCAAACUUGAUUCCAAAGGAAACGACUCCUAUUCGGCUAUUCUCCAGAUUAAGUCGCCAUCCAGUAUGUCCUCAAGUUUCAUAAGUGAUGCUGGUGAGGACCCUGAGCCAUAUCCAGCUGAGUUUUUAGUUGGCCCAUCUGUGCAGCGAAUACAUCAUUUCAUCUUGUUGAUGGGCUCCCAGGACGUUUAG